GUGCUUGAGACAAACGGCUGCUCGUUUCUUUCCUUGGUUCGUUUCCUUGUCUUCGGUUUUCUCUGUCGAUCGUUCUGUUUAUUGUCCACUUUUCCUCAGUCUGUUUCUCCAGUCUGUCAUUUUCUUUGUCUCUCUUGCUUCUAAGCGCUGGCAUCCGCACCCAUUGGUCUUUCGUUUCCAUACUCUAAUUCAGAAUCGCCGUGAAAAUGGCCAUCUUUUGUAGACUUCUGCUGCUGGCAGCUUUCUCAACAUGUGUAAUUGGUGGGCCGGUCCCAAAGAACCACCAGAGACGCCAGUUUACUGGCUACUUUAACACUUCUUCAACAAUUCAUUCCACAUCUGAACAGAAGACUGUGCAAGCAGACACGGCUCUCAUAGUGCAGCCCAUUCAGGAGACAAUAUUUACGUCAAUAGCCCCAGCCAUCACCUUUGUCAACCCAGAUGGCUCGCCGCUCGUGACACAAAAUCCACAAACUGUCUUUUCAACAUCAUUCAUUACACCUCCACCAAAGCCUACGACAAAAGAGUCCUCGACGACAACACCCACAUCGACAUCGGAUCCAGGACGAACAUCUGCCCAGAAUAGCCCCAUACCUACUUCUUCUGCAGCUGCCUCACUGGCCGCGUCGAGCAAGGUAGAUGUUGUCAAAAAUAGCACAGCUAGUGCAACUAGUCGGCAAAUCCCCAAGUUCACAUACUCGCCCAUCGAGGAGAGCUCUACGUCACUUGCCUCACGCACUUCUUCUGGAGCUAGCCAAGUACCAGUAUCUACUUCUGGAAAACUACCUGGCUUUACCCAUCCUGGAGCAGCAGCACCAAGCUUGCAGCCAUCAAACAGUAGCUCUAGUCCAGCUCCGGUCAUCACAUCCAAGGCAGCAUGCAUCGUCUCAAGUAGUUCGCCUGCAGUGUCGACUUCAAAGCCAGUGACUGGCGCUGAAGACCCGACAUCGCGUAUAAUUGUCACAUCGUACACCACUGUGUACCCAUCUGCCCCGGCACCUGGCGUGGCUACAUCGACACCUGGGGCGUCGCCAUCAGCACCAGUCAGGUCUACACAGGUCCAGCAGUCUAAGUCUUUAGUCUCGUCAUCUGUGGUAGUCAAUCAACCCACUUCCAGCCCAGCCCAAGUGCCAGUGGUAUCCACCACAAACACACCAGCUGGAUCUGUGCCAUCACAGUCUUUACAUAUACCACCAGUAGUCAUCAUCACGUCUUUCACGACGGUCAUGGCCUCCGCACAGCCCAGUACGGCACCAGAAGUGCCGGCCACUUCUGCCGCCCCUGAGCCAGUAGCACCCAGCUCUUCAGCCAUUUCUUCAGCUCCCAAACCUACUUCCCCACCACCAGCGCCAGCUCCCCCCAGCUCCGCUUCCUCCUCACCACAAACCUCGGCCCAAGCCCAGCCAACCUCGUCUACAGUGCCAGCUCCAGCGCCAUCUCCUUCCUCCACCGCGGUACCCCCUCCACCACCGCCAUCAGAAACAUCACUAAAGCCAACUCCAUCUCCCACCUCGUCAAUCCCAGAAGCCCCCGCACCAACAUCAAACGCCGCGCCGUCUUCACCAACACCCACGAGCGCCUCGCCUACAUCCGCGCCACCGCCUGAGCCCACAUCCUCUUCUUCUUCAACAACAACAUCAACGUCUGAAGGCCCGCUCAUCAUCACGCCCAUACCCCCAAGCCAGGUCUUCACUGUCACCGAAACUGCAACUACAACUGAAAAGGAAACGAUCCGGGAGACUGUAACGGUGACGGCGCGGUAA